AGCACGAAUCUCAAAGAUAUGCGGCCCCCAAAGUUUAUUGGCUCCCUUUUAUAAACUCCUGAUUCGUAUAUAAAACGCUCCCUAUAACCAAAACCCUAAAAAUCUCACCUUUUUUCAAGGAGCCUCCUUUUUUUUUCUUUUGUGGAGGUGGUGAGAGAGAGAGAGAGAGAGAGAGAGAGAGUAAUGGCAGAAAAUGGCGUGUCUUCGAUAAUCCCUGGGUGGUUCUCUGAGAUGAGCCCCAUGUGGCCAGGAGAAGCUCACUCCUUGAAGGUAGAAAAGAUUUUGUACCAGGAAAAAUCUGACUAUCAAAACGUGAUGGUGUUUCAGUCAUCUACGUAUGGCAAGGUUCUCGUCCUAGACGGAGUCAUUCAAGUGACAGAGAGGGAUGAGUGUGCAUACCAAGAGAUGAUUACACAUCUUCCUCUUUGCUCCAUCCCAGAUCCUAAGAAGGUAUUGGUUAUUGGUGGAGGCGAUGGUGGUGUGUUGCGUGAAGUGGCACGUUAUUCUUCUGUGGAGCAGAUUGAUAUAUGUGAAAUCGAUAAGAUGGUUGUAGAUGUCUCUAAGCAAUUCUUCCCUGCUUUGGCUGUUGGCUUUGAGGAUCCUCGUGUAAACCUGCACGUUGGUGAUGGUGUUGCAUUUUUGAAGAAUACCCCAGAAGGCACAUACGAUGCAAUCAUAGUGGAUUCCUCUGACCCGAUAGGUCCGGCCCAAGAACUUUUUGAGAAGCCCUUUUUUGAAUCAGUUGCAAAGGCUUUGCGUCCAGGUGGGGUUGUAUGCACUCAGGCAGAGAGCAUAUGGCUUCACAUGCACAUCAUCGAAGAUAUCGUUUCCGUCUGUCGCCAGGUCUUCAAAGGAUCUGUGAACUAUGCAUGGACCACUGUACCAACAUAUCCCAGUGGAGUUAUUGGCUUCAUGCUUUGCUCAACUGAGGGGCCAGCAGUGGACUUUAAGCAUCCUGUGUACCGCAUUGACGAGAACUCUAAAACGAAAGGGCCACUCAAAUUUUACAAUCCAGAGAUCCAUUCUGCUUCAUUUUGCUUGCCUUCGUUUGCCAAGAAAGUUAUUGAUUCUAAGUCCAGCUGAUAAACUUCUGAAGAAUGAGAAGAGGGCAGUUUAGUUCUCAAGUGCGGAGGAGGCCAAAGCUGCGGAUGAAAUUAAAAUUCAAUCAAUUUUCAUCCAUUUCCCCCUCUCAUGCGUGGGAGGAGUCCAAUUUGGAGCAUGUAGGAAGAGUAAAAAUAAACAAUGCCGAUGGGUUUGGCUUCUAGAUAUUUGGUAUUAUCUGUGUGCGUGGAGAGCCUGCAGUGAACUCUUGUGUCAUUUAAGGACAAUUAAAUUAAAUAACAUGAUUUCGAGUCGUGAAAAAAGAUGGGUCUCUUCUGUUAUUUUCCCCA